GUGAAAUUUGAAUAAUAACCCUAAAAGCUGUUUCUCCAUCACUGUUCAGUUUAUUUAUUAAUAUAUAAAAGCAUAAUUCCUCACCCUUAGCUCUUGACACAGAGCUUCUCUGCAUGUUCUACUUGUCAGAAUGUGAUGCAAGAAAAAAUAAAAAUGCAUUGGAAAAGAUGCACGUAAACCAAACAUUAUAAGGCAAAAAGGUAAACGACACUUUUAUAGUGAAAGUAAUUUUGUCAAGUUUUUAAAACGCAUGAAUCAAGACACACUAAAAGCUGAAACGUCUCGCUCGAGCUUGACUUUAUUCAGGAAAACACAGCUGCUCCUCUUUAUCUAUGAAUCUUUCAUUUAUCGUCUCACAAAAAAAUAUCCUAUUUUAUUCACAUAACGUUUCAUUUAAACCUGUGUGCAUAGUAUCCGUGCUAUCUGCUAUCACGGAAAAGGACUAAUAUAUAGAAUUUAGGAUGGAUAAUAUGCACAUUAAGACAUGUCCCGUUUAUCCAUCAGGGGCCACAGAUGAUCACGCAUCGCGUCUUUUCAUUCAGUUCUUAGGUUUUUCAACUUUUUUUGUGUCUGUAAAGCAGCUUUUAACACAAAUGAAUGCUUUUUGUUAGAGAAAGGAGCGAAAACAUAAGAGAGAAGAAUAAUGUUUGUGGUAAUGAAGUAGAUUAAUGUGCAGCACAGAUCAUGAAGAACUGAUCUCCUGUCUGUUUCUGUUCCUUUAAACCCUCAGAUGAUUUCAGAAGACUUAUAGAGCUCUUAAUUGACGUUAAUUUGAUGGAAAAGAUCCACAUGAAUAUUCUGUUACUUGUUUCCAUUUCUUUACACACAAAGAAAAAGAUUUAGUAUCCAUCGAAAUGAAUUAAAACUCAGAAUAUGACACAAACCUGCAAUAAUUAAAUAUGCUAAAUAACACAAAUGCAUCUAAUCCCAUUUUAUUAGCCAAUGUCUUUGCUGCUGACUUUUGACGAUCCAGUUCAAAUAAGACCAAAUGAUAUAUAUUCUUCCUUCAGCCUGGGGUUUAUUCAUUACACGUUUUGCACAAAAGGGCUUUUCGUUUGAUAUAAAAAUGACUUCUUAUAUUAAAAACAAGCAACCAAGUGCUGCUCGGAUAUAAAAAAGCAAUGCAAAGGGUUACUUUCCAUAAAAAGUACCGUAAUUAGUUUUUUUCUUUAGAGAGUAACACGGUAUUGUGACGUGUUUGACUUGUAUUGAGGUGAGCGGACCGUUUCAUGGUCUGGACCGUGGUUUCUUUCUCACUGAUGUACCUGGAUGUAAACGUCGUGGCUUGUUUUUGCUGGAGGAUGCUGCCGCUCAUAAAAGACACAAGGAAACGGUUUCUGUUGGUCGUGGCUCCGUGGCGAGAUGCAUCCUCGAGUCUCCUCCGUCCUUCUUCUCGUCGUUCUUCUCUCUGGAGGUAGAAAAAGCACACGGCAUGUUGAACGUGUUUAGUAAGGCAGGCCUGAAUGCCUCUCUCUGUGUCUUUUAAGGACUCUCUCUGGUCUGCAACGAUUGCCGGGGACGCGCUUGUACGAGAAAGAAGACGUGUGACGAGAAACGCAGCAGGUGCAAGAAACACUCGACUACUUGGGUGAGCUGCAAUUGAUUGCACAUUUCUCGUUUUCAGCUUAAAAAAAAGCAUGAAACACCUUUUCACUCGUCCGUUGAAGAGGCAGCGCUGGAGUACUAGAGAGUGGUUUGUUGUGACAGGACGGUAUAGAGACCUGAGCGAGGAGCGCCUGACCAUCACGUGCAGGAACAGGAAAGAAACGAUGCAGGAAAGCUUGUCUUGGGGCUGUGAGAGCUGGUCUUUCAGCACGGGCUGCUGGAGGAAGGUGUUUUCCGUCCAGUGCUGCGACACCAACGCCUGCAACAGAGACGCUGUUACCGGCUUUUCUUCUCGUAUCCCCAACAGACAGAAAUGUUUCACUUGCGAUGAUGAGAGCGGCUCAAAAGUGAUGAGCUGUUGGGGGGACCGCCAGAGAGAACGAAAGCGUAAAGGCCGUCAAGGGAUGCGUGUCGAGAUCCGCCUGCAAGCGGAAGCUCGGGUCCUACGGGAACAUCACGUGCUGCUCAGGGAAGCUGUGUAACGGCGUUCAGCUUCCUGUUCCUCUUCUCUUCUUCAUCCUGCUGCGCUGAACCCAGACGCUCCUCACCUUCACCUGCGUUUUAAUAAAGAAAGACGGCACUGUCUGAAAUCAUUUGAUUCAAAACUAUUGCUGCCGAACGAUUAAUCGCUUCCAAAA